AUGUCGACGGUGGCGCGAGGCACGGCGUACGAGCAUGCGUGCCUCGCUCUCCUGCGGUCAUGGCUCAAGAUGGACAUUUAUCGAACGGGCGGCGCGCAUGAUCAAGGGAGGGAUCUGUGCGGCUGGUGGUCGCCGCACGCGAUCGGCGAGCCCCGCGCGCACGAACGAAUCCGCGUGAUUGCUCAGUGCAAGGCCGAGUCGCGGGCGCUCGGCCCGUCCGUCGUGCGCGAGAUGGAAGGCACGCUGCUUCGCGCGACAUGGGAGGCCACGACGACAGCGACCGUCGGCGUCCUGGCCAGUCACUCGGGCUUUAGCAAGCAGGCCAAGGUGUACAUGCGCUCCAGCCGCCUGCCCCUCCUGUUUUUGCACUUGGCCCCACAGGACCAAGAGCCGCUCGUGUGCCAGGGCUUUCUAUGGAACGACGCACUCGCGAAUGGGCCCCUGCAUGGGCGCUUCGAGCCCGUGUGGGUGACCACGCCGCAGCACACCCAGCAACUCACCCUGUACAGAGAUGGCAUACGCGCCAUAUAA